CCCGGGGCAGCGGUGGGGGGCGCCUGGCCGCACGACCUCGGGCCCCCAGCCUCACUGAAAAGUGUGAAUCUAAGAGCUAAAGAAAGCCUGAAAAGAAGGGCGUCUCUUUCCCCUUUCGAUUCUCAUCCCCACCCCUGACUAACAGCGGCGGCAUAUCCGGUCGGCCGUAGCCCACGGAGAACGGGCUUCCGGAGCCGCAGACGCGGAGCCGCGCGCGACAGCCGAGCGAGGCCGCCGAGGACUUGUUCCCUGGCUGCAGCGCCCGCGCCACGUCACCAUGGCAUCUGGACCCACCAUGACAGCACCCAUUUGUCUAGUGGAAAACCAGGAAGAGCAGCUGACUGUGAACCAGAAAGCGUUACAGAUUCUUGAAAAGAUAUCUCAGCCUGUCGUGGUGGUGGCCAUUGCAGGGCUGUAUCGGACAGGAAAGUCCUACCUGAUGAACCGUCUGGCGGGACAGAACCAUGGCUUCCAGCUGGGCUCUACAGUGAGGUGCGAAACCAGGGGCAUCUGGAUGUGGUGUGUAUCCCACCCCAUUAAGCCGAACCACACCCUAGUUCUUCUGGAUACAGAAGGUCUUGGUGAUAUGGAGAAGGGUGACCCUAAGAAUGACUCGUGGAUCUUUGCUCUAACUGUGCUUCUGAGCAGCAUCUUGAUCUACAACAGCAUGGGCACCAUCAACCACCUGGCCCUCGAGCAAUUGCACUUUAUUACUGAACUCACUGAAUUAAUCAGGAUAAAGUCCUCCUCAAGUUCUGAUGGCACUCUGGAAGACUCUGUAGAGUUUGUGAGUUUCUUUCCAGACUUCAUUUGGACUGUAAGGGAUUUCAUGCUGGAGAUGAAAAUAAAUGACUCCCCUAUCACUGAAGAUGAGUACCUAGAGGAUGCCUUGAAGCUGAUUCCAGGCACGAAUCGCCAAAUCCACAAUUCCAACAUGCCUAGAGAGUGUAUCAGGCUGUUCUUUCCAAAACGGAAGUGUUUUGUCUUUGACCGGCCAACAAGUGACAAAUACAUGUUAUUCCAUAUUGAUAAUGUGCCAGAAGAGCAUCUGGAUAGUAAUUUCCGAAUGCAAUCAAAAAAUUUUUGUUCCUAUAUCUUUGCCCAUGGAAGGCCCAAGACUCUCAGAGAGGGAAUCAUUGUCACCGGGAACCGACUGGGGACUCUGGUGGUGACCUACGUGAAUGCCAUCAGGAGGGGAAUGGUUCCUUGUUUGGAGAAUGCAGUGAUAACUUUGGCCCAGAGUGAGAACUCAGCGGCUGUGCAGAAGGCAGCCAGCCACUACAGUGAGCAGAUGGCCCAGCGAGUGAGCCUCCCCACAGAUACGCUCCAGGAGCUGCUGGACGUGCACGCGGCCUGUGAGCAGGAAGCUGUUGCAAUCUUCAUGGAACAUUCUUUCAAAGAUGACAAACGGGAGUUCCAGCAGAAACUCAUGGAAGCCAUAGAGAAAAAGAAGGAAGAAUUCUUGCUUCAGAAUGAAGAGGCAUCUGUGAAAUACUGCCAGGCUAUACUUGAUAAGCUUUCAAAGGCUCUAAUGGAAAAUAUUUCAGCAGGAAUUUAUUCUGUUCCUGGAGGGCAUGAGCUGUACAAGGAAGCAAAGAACAAGGUCGAAUGGAACUAUAAUCUCGUGCUCAGGAAAGGAGUUAAGGCAAAUGACAUCCUUCAGCACUUCCAACAGUCUCAGAUGGCAAUAGAAGAAUCCAUCCUGCAGGGAGACAGAGCCCUCACCAGUGGGCAGAAGGCCCUGGCAGCUGAGCAGUUGAAGAAGGAGGCAGCUGAGAAGGAACAGCAGAUGCUAAGGCAGAAACAGCAGGAGCAGCUUCAAAAAUUGGAGGUUCAAGAGAAAAGCUUCAAGGAACAUAUGGUGCAGCUGAGAGAGAAGAUGAAGAGAGAAAGAGAAGACCUUCUGAGGGAGCAGGAAAGGAUUCUGGAGCACAAGCUGAAGGUCCAACAGGAACUGCUUAAUGAAGGAUUUAAGAAGAAAUCUGAGAAGAUGUGUACAGAGAUACAGCAACUGAGAAAAGAGAUUACAGCAAAUAAAACAUACUCAUUUGGUUCAAGGAUCUUUGAUACAAUUGGCAGUUUCUUAAGUGUAGAUGUGCCAAGUCCUGCUGAGCAGGACAAGAAGGAAGCAGAUUUGAAGAAACUGGAGCUGCUUAGACAGAUACAGACAGAGCUGCAGCAAAAAAUGGAAGUUCAGGAGAGACACUUCAAGGAAAACUUAGCUCAACUGAAAAAGGAUAUGGAAAAAGAAAGAGAAAACUUUCUGAGAAAGCAGGAAAGGAUUCUGGAGCACAAGCUGAAGGUCCAACAGGAACUGCUUAAUGAAGGAUUUAAGAAGAAAUCUGAGAAGAUGCGUACGGAGAUACAGCAACUGAGAAAAGAGAUUACAGCAAAUAAAAAAGAUGAACGCUCAUUUACUUCGUGGCUCUUUGAUGUGAUUAGCAGUGUCUUAGGUAUAGAGAUGCCAAGUCCUGCUGAGCAGGCCAAGAAAGAGUUAACUGAGAAGGAAUGGGAGCUACAAAGACAGAUACAAAAGGAGCUGCAGCAAAUCAAGGAAGUUGAAGAGAGACACUUCCAAGAGAACUUAGCUCAACUGAAAGAUGAGAUGGAGAGAGAAAGAGAAAAACUUCUGAGGGAGCAGGAAAGGAUGCUGGAGCAGAAGCUUAAGACACUUGAAAUUUCCAGUAUCCAGAGAAAGGAGGCUCAGAUUCCCCAAAGAUGUCAUUGUGAGUGAUGAUUUAUAUCAGCUAAAGAAUGCACCAAACAGAUUGCUGACUUCAAACUGCUUAAGUUCUGCAUUUCCAGCACCACCAUGUGGAUCAGAUUAUUACAUCUUGUGUUUUUUCUUAUAUUUUGUGCUGUUAAAAUGGGACUCUGCCUAUCUGGUAAUGUCCGCUGAAGCCCCCAAACUGAGAAUAUUAAGUGCCAAAUAACAACUAAUUCUAAAGUAAAGUGCCAUACCAGCUUCUAUAGAGUUAAAUUCAAGACAAUAAGCUAAAGAAAAGUCAUUAUCGUAUCAAUAAAUGAAAAGAACACAGUUGGCAAAUGUGGGAAUGCAAACUGGUAUCGCCAUUUUCAUAGACUGUUUGCAGUUUCUCUCAAAGCUGAACAUCCUUACCAUCUGAUUCUAGUUUGCCCAAUCACACUCCUAGUUAUUUACCCAAGUGACUUGAAAACUUAGGUCCACACAAAAGCCUACACACAGAUUUUAAAAGCAGUUUUAUACAUAAUUGCCAAAACUUAGAAGCCAUCAAGAUGUCCUUCAGUAGGCAAAUGGAUAAACAAAUUGUGAUACAAGCAGCCAAUGGAAUGUUAUUUAGCAUUUAAAAAUAGACUAUAUGGGCACAAAAAGACAUGGGUGAACUUAAUUGCAUAUUGGUCAGUGAAAGAAGCCCCUCUGAAAGGUUGUAUACUGUCAUCCAAGUAUAUGAUAUUAUGGAAGGGCAAAAGUGUAGAGAAAAAAAACAUCAGUGAUUGCCAGGGAUUUAGAGAAAGAAAGGGAUGCAUAAGUGGAGCACAGAGGAACUUUAGGGAAGUGUGACUCUUCUAUAUGACAUUUUAAUGACAAUAUAUAGUCAUCAAAUCCCAUAGAACGUACGAAAAUAACUUUUAAUAUCAUAAUCACUAAUAGUGACUCAUCAUAAAUAUAUCAAACUAAAAUAAGAUUUUAGCAGUUGAGGAAACUCAGGAAGUGAACUGUGCUUAAAAGAUAUAGGAAUUGCUUAUUUUUCUGAAGCCUAAUGUAUCUAAAACAAUAAAAUCUGUAAAAAAAUUGUGUAGAGCAUUAAAGAAUGUUAUUCCAAUUCAA